CGUCAACAACCGGAAGUUAGCGCCAAAUUUUAAAAUUGUAUGGCGGCUGUUCUGUGCGUUCAUUUACUGUACUCCAAACAAUAGUUUCCAUGGAGACGUCAACACGCUUUUUCGCCAAGUUGCGGAAACUGGCUGUGAACUUAGACGCAGAAAGAUCCAAUCUAGAACACGCUGCGAGCCAAAACCUGGACCAGGACGAUGAUGAAACAGAAAGUGGUGCAGUCCAAGCACUCCACAAGCUCCAUUCUGAAGUUAGAAGCUUUAAGAAACAGGUCCAAAGCCAAGUGGCCCCUCAGGAGGAUGGAAGUACUGAGCUGAGGAGCUUCAUUAAAGCCUGCAUGGUGCUGAAACAGCGGACUACAGAGGACAUUGAAAGAAUUCAGAGACACUGUGAAAAAUAUGGCUACAAACCAGAGAAAGCCUCCCUGAAGCCAGAAGUAAAUUGCAAAGCUGAAGCAGAUGCGAGGUCUGUAGAUGAUAAGCCGGAGGGAGAUGCAUUUGAGGAGAUGGCAGGAGAUGGAGAGCUGGUUGAAGCUCAAGAGUGUGAAACACCUGAGAAGAUGCCACCUCCAGCUGUUGACUUAAUGCGCACUCCGCAGCUCUCGGAUUUCGGCUUGUCUGUGCUUCACCUGCAGAUGCUCGGCAAUCCGGAUAACUCUCAAGACGUAGCUCGUGUUCCAGCUGUGGCUCUCACACCACCAUCUCUUCUCAUGACAACGUGCGAAGUCCAGCCAAAGACACCCAAGUGCUCUCUGAGUAUGGACGAGGAGGCACUGACCCCUCGACUGGAAGACUUUGGCAUCACAGAAAGCACAAUGUGUUUUAAUAAUGAUUUCACAAUGGAUCUGUUCCGCAAGAUACCACCCAAAGACAGACAGAAUAACAGCACAACACAACAACUUGUUCCGAAAGAACCGCACAACCUGCCUGCUGCUCCAUCUUGUGUCUCUCUUGGGAGGCUUUCUGGUGACAGCAUGGAGUCCCCUGAGGUGCCUGUGUUUUCCACUCUGGAGAUUAAGAUGAAUAAACAACUGGGUCAGUCAUGUUCUGACGGAGGGAGCGAUCCCAAAUCCCCCUCUCGGCCGAGUGCUGCCACAGCUACACCUGAACUCCCUACGUUUGAGACACCUUACAUCAGCAAGCUCAUCAGUGCCAGAAAGGAGACCAAACAGAAUGAAGAUGAACGUCUCACAGGCUGUCUGAAGAGCACAUCCUACCCUGAGGAAGAAAGGUCACAAAUGCCAGUCAGCCUUUCUCACACGGAGGAGCACACACCCGAAAUGCCAAGACUGCAGUCCUUUUUUAGCAGCACUUUACCUUGUUUAGGGACUGGUAAUCGAUCAGCUGUGACUGAACCUCAAGUUCCUGUGCUGCAAGCUGAUGAACACACUCAAGACUGGUGUCCGGCCACGCCACGCAUUCGCAUGGAGUUUGAUGUCGAGCCACGCACACCAGAGAUGCCGGAUAUGAGCUCCAUCACACAGGAUAUCUUUAAACUUGUUGCUCAGGCUAAUAAUAAACUACCCACCACUACAUCGGCACACACAAGCUCAAAGGCUAGUUUGAACACACUGGCCCCUGGGAAGGAGAACAGAACUCAGGGUAUCGCUCAAGUAUCUGAAAAAGAGUUUCAUGGACUGGCCUCUUACAUGAAACAGAUUCCCCUCACCAGUCUCAACUUAGCACUCAACAAAAUCAACCAAGUACUGGAGGAGCGUCACACAGGCGCUGAGACGAACGCUGAAGAAUUUCAUAUGGAGGAGUUGAGGAAGAUCUUGGACGUGGGGCCUCAGGCUCCCAUAUACAUCUUGUGCCUUGUUGAGCUGAAAAGGUUGGAGAAUGUGCAGGGAUUUGGAAGAAAUGCAAGUUUUAAAGUCCUAACCAAGACAUAAAAAGACUUGUUUUCUUUACAAUAGAUUGUAUAUACAUAAAGAUUUUUUUUUCUGCUGAUUUGCUUGCACUAGCAUGCUUCAUCACAUAAAUAGAAUAUGAUGCAGAAAUCUUCAGACACCUCGUUCAAGUAUUUCUCUGCUUUAGUUUUUGUUUACAUGAAGCAAAUGUAUAUUAUGCUGAUAAUAAAAUAUUUGUAUGUGUA